AUGGCUUCUAAGAAGUUGGGGUCUGACUCUCACGGGCCUUUCAAUUAUCUUGAUGAUGUCCCAUUUAAGAUAGGAGACAAAUUCAAAACCCCAGCAAAGGUUGGAUUACCCAUUGGUUUCUGCCUGCCUGAUUCUUCUCAGCUUGUCAGAGAAGCCCAGUAUGACUUCUCACUGGAAAAGAAAACAAUCGAGUGGGCUGAAGAUAUCAAAAAAAUGCAAGUUGCCCAGAGAGAAGCUGAACGCAAGGCAGAAGAAGCGCUAGCGAGCUCAAAAGCAGCUCCAGAGGACAGCAGCAACAUGGGGUUCUCAGAGGGACCUUGCCCUGAGGCUGUGCCUCCUCCUAUUAACCCCAUCCUCGCUAGCCUGCAGCACAAUAAUAUUCUUACUCCCACGCCAGCCGACAACAGUGCUGUGAAGCAAAAGGUUCUUAGUCCGCCUCAUCCAAAAGCAGACUUCAACCCAGCUGAUUUUGAAUGUGAAGAAGACCCAUUUGACAAACUGGAAUUAAAAACUAUCGAUGACAAGGAGGAAUUAAAAAAUAUUCUUGAAAUUCAUGUUGGUACUACUGGGCCAAUCGUUGCCCAGCUUUUAGAUAAUACUUUGCCCAAAGGAGGGUCUGAGUCUGUGUUGCAAGAUGAGGAAGUUCUGGCAUCAAUAGAAAGGGCCACAUUGGACUUCAAGCCCCUUCACAAGCCCAAUGGCUUUAUCACUUUACCACAGUUGGGAAACUGUGAAAAGAUGUCCUUGUCUUCCAAAGUGUCCCUGUCCCCUAUCACUUCAGUGAGCAAUAUCAAAUCCCUGUCCUUUCCUAAACUUGACUCCGAUGAGAGUGAUCAAAAAUCGUCAAAGCUCACGAGCACUUUCCACAGCACUACCUGUCUCCGCAACGGCACUUUGCUCAGCUCUUUGCAGACCUGUGCUCAGAGCAGAGCUAGUGAACUGAAUGGACACCACAUGGUUGGUCUUUCUGCUCUAAAUGAGGACAGUGGCAUGGAGACAUCAACAUUAUCCUCUUCAUCCAGGCUGCCUUCCCUGGCUGUGUCGACAGUUUGUACAGAAGAAGAAUCAUCUCAAAGCACAGCUACUAUGGUAACGCACCAAAAUUUCCCAGUGUCUAAAGUGCCCAAUAACACCAGCUGCACAAAGAGGUCAGGCGGCCCUGCAGCUGACCUACAGCAGGCCCUCUCUGCUAGCGAGAGGCAGUGCAUAGAGACAGUCGUCAACAUGGGGUACUCACCUGAAAACGUCCUGAAAGCCAUGAAGAAGAAGGGACAGAACAUAGACCAGGUUUUGGAUUACCUGUUUGCACACGGACAGCUUUGUGAGAAGGGCUUUGAUCCACUUCUUGUUGAAGCAGCUUUGGAAAUGCACCAGUGUUCAGAGGAGAAGAUCACAGAUCUUCUCCAACUAAUGAGUCAAUUUAAAGAAAUGGGCUUUGAACUAAAAGACAUUAAGGAGGUCUUAUUAUUGCAUCACAAUGACCAACACAACGCCUUGGAAGAUCUAAUGGCCCGUGCAGGAGCCAGCUGAAAACACAUUCCUGGAUUCUCGGUGUGCAACAGAGCAGGACCAGCCCUGCCACCGUCACAGGCAGUGUGACUUGCUGUUGGCAGGAAGGAGUCUGGCUUUUCACAUACAUGGGAGAGUGACUGAGCAAGCCUGCCCGCGUGCAUCACUCCAGCAUUUCUCUUUCCACUGAGAGCCAACUUUCUUUCUUAAAUUAAUUUUUUUAAGUGUCCUUUCCUAAGUUUCCUUUUUCCAGCUUGGCCACGGAGAGUUGAGACUGCCCAGUCUCUACUGGAAUUGUACAUAGGUAGAGAUGGGACUGGU